AUUUGCUUAUCCCAAAUCCAAAUAUAUUCGAACGAAACAACCAUGGCAGCAUCUGCAAGCGCCAAACCGCUGUUUGCCUGCAAUUUUGAGGUGUUUGGACGCGUACAAGGUGUUUUCUUCCGCAAGCACACGGAGCGCCAGGCAAACAGCCUGGGCGUAAGAGGUUGGUGCAUGAACACCAGAGAGGGCACUGUUAAGGGACAAUUGGAGGCACCCCUUCCCCAGCUGAACGAAAUGAAACAUUGGCUAGAGACCAAAGGGAGUCCCUCGUCCAGUAUCGAAAAGGCAACAUUUACGGCGGCCAAGGAAAUUCCCGAAUAUACUUUCAGUGGCUUUUCCAUCAAGCGCUAGAUCCCAGAACACUUUUCAAGCUAAACACUUCAUUUAUAUUCGGUUUAUUUAGAGUUCCUUAAACUAUAUACAUAUGUGUUGUGGGUGCAUCGACCACCUCUCCUAUCCUCCAUCCAGUAGACACAAUUUCAAAAUGUACAGCAUAUAACGGCCUCUCUCGUCGCCCAGAAGUGCUUCAGCACAAAGCUGCAAUUUCAGUCAUUCAGUUCAAAUCGGCGUCUGAAAAAAAUUAACAAUAUUAUUGUAACAAAACAAACCAAAUACAAAUCGAGAGACACCGCCA